AUGUCCACCUCUACGUCGGCCGCGUCCCCUGCGGCCGACCUGCCUGAUAUUUCCGAGAUCAGGCGGCGGACGACCGAGAAGCUAGGCCGCCAACCAUGUCUCUGGCAAUGCGACGUUGCUCAGGCUAUUCUCAAGGGAGAUAAGGAUAUCGUUUGCAUCUCGGGCACCGGGUCUGGAAAGACCCUCACGUUUUGGAUGCCACUUCUUUUUCGCCCCCGCGGGAUCCAGCUGGUUAUCACUCCAUUGAACAUUCUGGGUACUCAGAAUAAGAAGCAGCUGCAUGACAUGGGUAUCUCGGCGGUGGUGCUCUCGGGAGAGACAGCCACUCGGGAAAACUUCAAGGCAGCGGGCACUCUCAGUCACGGAGUUGUCGUUUUGAACCCGGAGAUCGCGUUCAGGAACAAGCGUUCCUAUGAGUGGCUAUGGAUGAACAAGAACUUCACAUCCCGGCUCAUCAGCGUCGUCUGGGACGAAGCACAUUGCAUCAAAUCCUGGGGUUCCUUUCGACCUUCCCUCAAAGAGUCCGGACAUCUGCGCAAUCUGUUGUCCGCGAAGAUCCCCUACGUCUUGAUGUCCGCAACGAUGACUGAUUCCGACUGCUCGGAUGUCCUCGGCAUCGUCCAAGCCCGCGCGGACCGCGUUCUUUACAUUCGCCGGUCCAACGACAGGCCCAACGUGUUCCUUACAGUGCGAAAGAUGCAGCACUCCGCGAGUAGCUUCGAAGACCUGUUCUGGCUCAUCCCUGACCGCUGGGUCCCAGGGCAGCGCAUCCCCCCUUUCGUUAUCUUCCAUGACAGUAUUGAGGAGUCCAUCAACGCCGCCGAGGCACUGCGAAAGCGCCUUCCCCGCGAAUAUGCCGAUCGCUUGGUCUGGUUCAAUUCGGACAACACCCCGUGGUUCCGCGAGCGGACGACGGACGAAUUUCGCGAGCACAAACUCGCAGGCUUAUUUUGUACAGACUCGUUUGGCAUGGGCGUAGAUGUACCAAAUAUAGAAAUCGUCGUUCAGUGGAAGGCGACAUGCGAUGUGAACCAGCUUUGGCAGCGCUUCGGGCGGGCGGCGCGUGGGCCUGGUACCGAGGCACUGGCGGUUCUCAUCGUCGAGCCCAAGCACUUCGACGAUGAGAAGGAACAGGCGGCGGCGCGUGCCCAGAAGCGUCAAGAGACCGAGGCCCGGAAGGCGGUGCAGAAGGAGAGCGCGAAGAGGAAGCGGGCAGGCACAGACGCAGCACAGGGAGCAAACCGCGAGCGGGCAGACCCAAAGAGGACUCGCGCGGGCUCACGCACGCAAGGCGUGGAGGCCCCACACGGUCUCGGUCAUCCGCCAUCUGCGGAAGGUCAGACUGGUCAAGCGACCGUCGAUAUCACAAAUGGUCCGCCGCAAGAGAGGGCACCGGUGCUACCGGCCAGUGCCAGCCUGGGGAACCACGAGGGACGGUCAGUUGACCUCCCUCCGGUUGCGGUGGGCGGCCCCGGGCCUAGUGUGGUCGUCGAGUCCAGGGAGCCAUCUGGCGGGUUGACAGAGUAUGAGAGUUUGCGGGUCUCGUAUUCCCAGCUGCGGCAUGCACCAGAGGAAGUGGGAGGAGGGAAAAAGCAGAAGAAAGCGAAGGAGGUUGGAGCUGUCCUCUCGCCCGAGCUAGAUAGCGUGAUCAACGCAGGGUUGCGCCCUACGCAGUGUUAUCGGAAGCCUAUUACAGCGUUCUAUGAGAACGACAGAAGAAAGCCCGAUAAGGACGCCUGCUGCCCGCGCUGCUUUGUUCCCCCUCCUCCCUCUCGUCCGUGCUGCUCACUCUGCUCCCCCGAAUACCAUCUACUGGCGAUUCUGCCGAGCCUUACCAUCGCUGCACCGCCUAAGCCCGCCGCUGCUUCUCGCGCCUCCAAGGUCCAAAGCAAGUACACAAUGUCCGCCGCCGACGUGAAACUACAAGCUGCUCUCAACACCUUCCGCCGCGAUAAGACCGCCGCGAUCUACGGACGCUCUCACCUACUCAACAUGGGUGGCUCGUCCAUCAUGACUAACAACGUCUUGCAGCGGAUCGUUGAUUGUGCGCGCGCGCGGAAGCUCACGUCCACCGCCAUCCUCUACCGUGAGACGAAGUGGAGCCGGGUUGACGAGCUGGGAGAGGAGGUCUUGCGCGUCGUAGCCAGGUAA